AUGUUUGUUGUAUGCUUAUUAAGCAGGUACAUGGAAGCACCCACCAAGCAGCAUCUACUAGCAGCUAAAAGAGUUCUCAGAUUCUUAAAAGGCACACUCACCAGUGGUAUAUGGUACAAAAGGGAGAAUGGAGAAGGAAGUCUGUUAGGAUAUACAGACUCAGACUAUGCAGGUGAUUCUGAUGACAGGAAGAGUACCAGUGGAUACAUUUUCUUCCUUGCAGGUGGAGCUGUUUCCUGGGCCUCUAAAAAGCAACCUGUGGUGACCCUAUCAACUACUGAGGCUGAGUUCGUGGCUGCUGCCUACUGUGCAGCACAGGCAGUGUGGUUGAGAAGAGUUCUAACUGAGAUUGGAUGGGAAUCAAGUGUGAAGAAGGCCACUGAGAUCAGAUGUGACAACAGCUCGACUAUAAAGCUGUCCAGAAAUCCAGUUCUUCAUGGAAGGAGCAAACAUAUAGAUGUAAGGUUUCAUUUCCUGAGGGAGUUGGUUCGAGAUGAAGUUGUGGAGUUGCAGCAGUGUGGGACAAGGGAGCAAGUGGCUGAUAUUAUGACCAAGGCUUUAUCUCAAGAAGCCUUUCACAGGCUGAGAGCAGAGCUUGGUAUGUGUGAUCUCUCUGAAUUCGAAGACCAGUGA